AUGCCGCUCUCUAAUGACACGACUGCGGUACCUGAUGAGAGCGAAUCACCGGUCCACGCGGCAACGCCGAAGCGGCAGCGAGACAUCACGGGGUAUGAAACCGAGAUGCGUGCUGAGGCCGCAAGGCUGAGGAAAAGGGUAAGGAGCUCCCUGGUGCUCUCGACGUGGUCGGGGUCGGGGGAGGCUCACGGCGUGGCCGGAAACGCCAUCGGCGGAGGUGAUUCAGACACACCCAAGCUCCGUGUGGGAGAAGUCAAGUCCCACGAAGACGUCGAGGCUGAAGACGACAAGUCCGAGAAAGAAACCACGCCUCAGAUGUCACCAAGCCACGAGUCAGACAUGUCCGUGAUCCAAAUCAAACCACCAUGUCCACAGUCCUACCGCCGUGGCGCGUGCGCGGCCUGCAGAAAGAAAAGAAUCGCGACCACGUGCAAUCACGCGAAACAAUGCAAUAAUUGCGAGAAGGCGGAACACUGUUUCUACGUCCCUCGCAAGGCCAAGACGGCGAAGGGGACUCUGUACCGCCAGGUGCUUGAGUGCAGUCCGUUCACGUCGCAAAACGUGCUUCCUGCCGCCGCCUUCACGCCGGUGGGACAGCCUCCUCUCAUCAACGGCGUCUACAACAACGGCGCUGCGUACGGUGGGCCUGCAAGCGUCCCGGCACCCACGCAUGGGUAUGGCUACUACGCCGACCCUCAUGGCGGUAUAACGAGCGGCUUCGUGCCAACUCCAGCUUAUUCGUUUGUAGAACCCUGUUCGUCGUAUCAACAGCCUGUUUCUUCUUUCCAGCAGCUCACCCCGCCUUUCCAACAGCCGUCUAGAUGGUCUCAACAACUCAAUUCGUCGUUUCAACCGCCGGCUCCGCCAUUUCAACAGUCCAUUUCUUCUUUACAGCUGCCUGCCCCAUCGCUUCAACAACCCAAUUCGUCUUUGGCAUUCCAAACACCGGCUUCUCCGUUUGAAGCAUUACCGCUGCCGUACGAGCAAAAUCAAUCCACUCUGGGAACGAUGCCAGUGCAGAUCGACUACAGCGGCGUGCUCAACACGGGCUAUCUUCCCUACGAGACCCGCGGACAGAAUGGCGUCUACCACCAGUGCGAACCCACCGACAACACGACCGACAGCACUGGACCGGGCAUUUUGGAUCCUUCUCCCAUCCUCCGGCAACGCCAUUCAAUCUCGAUGCAGGGUUCGCCUCAACAGCGGAACCAGCCGGUCUCGAUACAGGGGUUUCAGCCUCAGCAGCAAUACAUCGAGUCGAUCUCGACGGAGGCCUUCCCACCUCAUCAGAAACAUCAUCCUACCUCGACACAGGCUUUUCCAAACCAGCAGCAACAUCCGUCUCCUCAAGUCACGACAGUAGAUGACGAAGGCUGCAUUCCCUUGUAUCUGGAAGAAGAAGAUGACGACGACGUCGCGAGACCUGUCUAUGGGAACACUGCCCAGACGAGUCUGUUUCAGCCGCCAACCCUCAUCGCCCCGAGGCCAAAGACAGGGCCGCGGACAUAUUACCCGGCUGCUGCUGCUGCUGCUGCUAGUGCUGGGCACUUGGACCUGCCCCGGCCAGCUCAAGGGGUGGCUCCGUCGACCGUGAUAACGCCCUCGACCUCGAUAGUCGCCUCAACUCCCAUGACGCGCUCGACUCUAGAGCUAGCCCCGACCAUGAUCAUCCCAUCAGCUCUUAUCCUUGCCUUGCAACCUGAUUCUGAACUUGGCCCCACGGCAGCCAUCGACGACCCCUUCGAUCCUGCCAUCCCGAACCACCCGAUCCCGGCAUGCCAUCCCUACUGGACCAGCAUGGAGGCGUGGGCGCAGGCCCAAGAAUAA